AUGAUUGGAGGAAACACUACACAACUGACCCAUUUUUUCCUUCUUGGAUUUGAUCAUCUUCAGAGCAUCACCACUUACCUCUUCAUUCUCUUCCUCAUUAUUUAUAUAUUGACGUUAUUUGGAAAUGCCUUGAUCGUUGGAUUAGUGUCGGUUAGCCAGCGGCUCAAGUCGCCAAUGUUCCUCUUUCUCAGGAACCUUUCAUUGUGUGAAAUGAUCUUCACUACAAAUAUUGUACCCAAAAUGCUCCAGGUUAUAUUGGAAGGGGGUUGCAAAAUAUCCCUCAUGGGGUGUGCUCUUCAGCUGUAUGCUUUUGGUGCAACAGGAAUAGCAGAAUGUCUCCUUCUUACAUCAAUGUCAUAUGACCGGUAUUUGGCUAUCUGCAAGCCCCUGCAUUAUACCAAAAUAAUGAACUUUAGAUGCUACCUCUGGCUCGUUGUCCUCUCUUGGGCUGCUGCCAUCAUUCUGCCUACCAUCUCCAUUUCCAUGAUUUUGCAGUUAAACUUCUGUGGCUCCAGUGUUGUUGACCAUUUCUUUUGUGAUCUUGCCCCAGUACUGGAGCUCUCUUGUUCAGACACUUCCCCUGUGGAAUUUGAAGUAUUUGCACAAACAAUCCCAGUCUUUGUGUUCACAUUUAUCUAUAUUAUGGCCACCUAUAUCAGCAUUUUCAUUGCUAUCCUAAAGAUUAAGUCGACGAUGGGAAGGCAGAAAGCGUUCUCAACCUGCAGCUCCCACCUCACCGUUGUCUGUACAUAUUAUGGAACCAUGAUCUCUUUAUAUGUAACCCCAAGGGGGCGCCAAUCUGUGAAGGUUAACAAAACCCUCUCCCUUCUGUACAGCGUGGUCACUCCAUUACUAAACCCAAUUAUCUAUAGCUUUCGGAGUGCUGAAAUUAGGAAAGCCCUUGCCUCUAUUAUUUUUAGGAAAAAAGAGGAAAAAAGUAUAUAA